AACUACAAUAAUUACACAUCAACAGCUCGCCUCAGCUCGUGAACGACGGCCGUGUCGCUCUUUCGUCCGUUUCGUUUGCUUCCACGCACUGCUGCUAUCUACAGGGUAUAUAUAAAUUAACCAGCAGAAGAAGCAAUCAAAGGGAGCUUUGAAGGAGAAAGUUGUUCCAGCUCUGCGACGGAUUUGAUCCCCGUAAUUUCACGUGCGAUUGUGCGAGAGCUCCGAACUGGGACCGGUAGCUGCAGAGGGCUACCAUCGGCGAUUGUGAAUCGAACCUGAUCCAUCAGCGGGUGGGGAGAAAGAAGGAAUCAUGGCUAUACCGAACCAAUAUCUGGAGAAGACGGAGGAUGUAGCGGAUCAGGUUAUCCGCAAAGGUAAGCACGUCCUGCCACACGUUGCCCGGCUCUGUCUGAUAGCGACCUUUCUCGAGGACGGCAUCCGAAUGUGGGUCCAGUGGAAUGAACAGCGCGAGUACAUGGACAUGAGCUGGGGUUGCGGCAAAUUUCUGGCCACCGUGUUUGUGCUGACCAAUCUGAUCGGGCAAAUUGGCGGGUGUGUUAUGGUUCUCGGUCGGCUGAAGGUUACCAUCGCAUGCGGGAUUCUGUUCUUUAUCGUCGUUCUACAGACCAUAGCUUACUCGAUCCUCUGGGACAUUCAGUUUCUGCUGCGCAAUCUCGCUCUCAUCGGUGCCCUGCUGUUGGUCCUGGCGGAAUCCCGUGGCGAAGCACGCAGCCUAUUUGCCGGCGUUCCGUCGCUGGGCGAGAACAAACCGAAAAACUUUAUGCAACUUGCCGGUCGGGUUCUGUUAGCGUUCAUGUUUAUCACGUUGCUUCGCUUUGAGUUAAGCUUCCUGCAGAUUCUACAGGACAUUCUCGGUUCGAUCCUGAUGGUCCUGGUGACGAUCGGCUACAAGACGAAACUGUCCGCACUGAUUCUGGUGGCACUGCUGACGGUGCUGAAUCUGUAUCACAACGCCUGGUGGACCAUUCCGGCCUACAAACCGCUGCGGGAUUUUUUGAAGUACGAUUUCUUCCAGACGCUCUCGGUUAUCGGUGGCCUGCUGAUGAUUGUCUCGCUCGGACCCGGUGGGGUUUCGAUGGAUGAGCAUAAAAAGAAGUGGUAAAAUCGAACAUCGUUGAUAUUGGGUUGUCGUAAAAAGCGCGCGUACGAGAGAAAGAGAAAAAAAAUGAGGGAAAACACUAUGAUUUGAUAGGAUUUUUUUUAAUAUAAAAUAUUUUUAAAAAACUGUUCAACUCGUCCCACGGUGGCGCGACGGAGGAGCCUUUAAAGAACUCACCAUCAUUCAGGAACCACUACUUUGAAAGACAUACCGAUUCAGAGGGGGUAACAAACAUCCAUCGACAUGUGAUACGAUUGUGAGAGAUAGACGAUGAUAAAAAAAAGUGAAACACUUCCUUCCCCAGCGGGGACAGCGUGAACACAAGCGGUCAGAAUGAUUAGGGCGUGACUGCUGCCCAUAUUCCGAGACAACUUUAUGUGCAUUUCGUGUACUGUUUGUGUUGUAAUAUAAUAAUUGUUCCGAUAAAGUAAAAAAAAUCAAACGGCGGACAGAAAAUACUACAGUUCUGAACAAAUACAUCCACAUGCAGCAUCUAACACUUAAGCUAGAAGGGGUAAAUGUAUACAUAUUAACUAAAUAAAACCGGAAACUGAUUAGAUUUUUAGCUAUCCUUA